GACUCUACUGGACAACAAACCAGUCUAAAGGUUUACCUUUAGAUUUAAAUGAUGCUGCCUCCACAGCUGUACAAAAUCUUAGCAGUAGGUUUUUUCCUGCUCCCAUUCUGUGCUCAAGGUAAACUUGCAGGAUUUCUUCCACAAUUCCCUUUCAAGCCUUUUUUUGGAGAUGGGAGUGAUGAACCACAAAUACCAGAUCUCACACCACUUCCUGCCAGUGAAUAUGGGGAUGUUAUCCAUCAGCUAGAACAUCGGAUUUCCAGACUGGAAGGAGUCCUUCGCUUGAACAAGAUGAUAACAGAGUCUGGAGGAAAAAUAUUUGCUAGCAAUGGGAAAAGUGCUGAUUUUGAUGCUACAGUGGAGAAAUGCAAAGAGGCUGGAGGCUCUAUUGCCACUCCAAGGAAUCCUGGAGAGAAUGAUGCCAUUCUGUACUUUGUGAAAUAUUUUAACACCUACGCCUACCUGGGGAUAAAACAAUCCCUUAUUCCAGGCAUAUUCCAGCAGCUGAAUGGUGCUCAGCUGAGCUAUACUAACUGGUAUGCAAACGAACCUUCUGGCAAAGGGGAGGAGGAAUGUGUGGAGAUGUACACUGAUGGCACUUGGAACGACAAAAAGUGUAGCAAGAAUCACCUUAUUGUCUGCCAGUUCUAGUGCUUCCCUUGCUGCCCUCUGGAAUGUGCUUCCCUGUCACUUGUCUCUUCAUUUGUAGCUAGUGAACUUAGAUAAUGCAGCAUGAGAAAACAGAAUUCACUCUUUCCUAAUCUGACUUGUCUUUUAAACAAAUGCCAGCCAUAAAGAGGAAACUGUAUAAUGAAA